AUGUCUCAAUCAAAUGAGUAUGUUGUCCUUGGGGCCGGUAUCACUGGUCUUUACACCGCAUACUGUCUCAUUAAUGAAGCCAAAGUUUCUCCUCACCACAUUACUGUCAUCGGAGAGCACUUACCGGGUGAUGGCUCUAUAAAUUAUACUUCACCUCGUGCAGGUGGCAAUUUUUCAUGUAUCACCCCGGAUGAUGAUGAUACAUUGGAGUUUGAUAAAUACACUUACACGCAUCUUGAGGAUUUGCAAAAUAAUAUUGGAGGAGCUUCUAAAGGUAUUGAUCACCGACAAACUACUGAAUACUGGGAUGUCUAUCCAGGUGAUAAAAAGAUCAAUUCUUUGAAGUCGUAUUUGAAAAAAUUGAAAGUUAUCCCUAAUGUUCAAUUACCUGCCGGUGUUGCAUAUGGAAUUAAAUACACCACUUGGAAUUUUUUCUGUCCAUUCUACAUUCAAAGUAUUGCAAAGUAUUUGAGAUCUAAGGGUGUGACAUUCAUCAAAAGAAAAUUGACACAUAUUUCCCAGGCAUACUUGCCUAGAACCAAAGUCGUGUUUAACUGUACAGGAUUGGGUUCUUUCUCCAUUUCAGGUGUUAAAGACUCUAACGUUUAUCCUACAAGAGGCCAAGUCCUCGUGGUUCAUGCACCACACAUUCAAGAGAAUAGAAUGCGAUGGGGAGAAGAUUAUGCAACAUACAUUAUUCCUAGGCCACAUUCAAAUGGACAAUUGGUUCUUGGUGGUUUUUUGCAGAAAGAUAAUUGGACAGGUGACACUACUUUAGAACAAAGCAAGGAUAUCAUCAAAAGAACUACUACGUUGAUGCCAGAAAUUUUGGAUCAUCCCUUAGAUAUUUUGGCUGUUUCUGCUGGUUUACGACCAAGUAGAUACGGUGGUACAAGAAUUGAUGUACAAAGAAUUGAUGGAAAGCUUCUUAUUCAUAAUUAUGGAGCUUCUGGCCAUGGCUUUCAAGCUGGUCUUGGAAUGGCUCAUAGAGCUGUUCGGCUGCUACUUAAAGAACAGCAGCUAUCGCCAAAAUUGUAA